UUGAAGAUUACAGAGCUGUUAAAGAAACUCACUUUCACUUCACACCGUGCGUAAGCUGUCGGGAUAUUGAGGAAUAAAGAGAUCAUGGAUUCCCAAAUUGCAAAGAUAAACCAAAGCCUCAACACAGCCGAAGAGAUGAGAAAGCAAACUCAGCUUAUAAUGCAACCCUAUGUCAACUGGGAGGAGUAUCUAACUCCUGUACCGCUCUCCAUCGCCAUCAUGGCAGAACUGGCCUGUUUAUCUUCCAACAACGAUUUCUCCAUCAACAAAAAUCCACCCCAAAAUGGCUACAAGUACAUCAGAUAUCCAGACUCAUUUUGUGCCUGCCUCAUGCAAGUGUGUAACUCUGGCUGGAGGGCGUUCAAUGAGGCCCAUAAGAAUAUGGAUCAGAUUAGACUCCACACGAUAACUGUUCCAAAUUACAUGCAAAAUGUGGUUAAGAUUCUGUUACAAGGCAGCAAUGAUGUUGUUCAAGCUCAUCUCCCUGAUCAGCUGGAGAAAAUCCAUGUCAUUGCAGACCAGUGUCUUGAGCUGGCCAAUGCAACAGAACAGCGUUUUGUUGAUGUCAUCAAUAUUAUCCAAGAACUGCUGGAAGUGUGUCUAAACGCUAAGAACAUUUAUGGAGAGGAGUUAGAUGGAGUCAGGAAGAAACUAGAGGAGAGUAAACUGAGACAGGAGACAUCAAAUGAAGCGGUGAAACGCUCACAGAAAGGGGUCAAGGCAUUAGAGGAAGAACUCAAGGAAGCAAAACAAAGUUACAAAGCAGCAAUGAAGAACCUUCCCGGUGGGUGGGAAAUGAUGGCUAUGGAUUUAAUUGGAGCUGUGACUGAUGGCAUAUCAAGUAUAUUUCAGGGACUCUCAGCUCUAGUGACUCAACCAGUGUCCCAAGUGUGUAAAGCUACAACAAGAAUUGCUGACACAGUGCACCAAAUCAGGAGUGAAAACACUGCUGUUGAUCCUGUGGAUGAAAUUAACAUCUAUAGCAAGUCUAUGGAAAUCCUGAAAUGUGCAGAAACUAUUGAGAAAUUUGUGGAGGAGGACAAGAUCAACUGGGAUGUUUUGUAUGAUAAAAGAAGCAAUGCUACACGAACAGAUUUCCCAGCAAGUCAGUUCAAAAGAAUUCUGAGCAAUUUGGAAAAAAUCCCAAACUGUAUACCAAAGUAUAAUGCCCAAAACUUAUGUGUAGAGGGCAUGGAGAUCUGUCAAGAACUUGCAAAAUAUGCACCAGCUGGGAAUUGUGACGAAGCCACAACUGCGUCACUGAUCAAAAGAAUCCGAGAAUUGACCGAGGCGGCUUGCAGGUUUGACAGCAAAAGCAAAGACGUGACAAAGUCACCUUCACUGACUCCCAAACCACCGAUGAUGUUUAAGGAACAAAGUAAAAUGGAGAGAAUGACCGCUUCACAAAAGGCAUCGAAGAAUGCCAGGUUCCGCAUAGAAAUGACCCGAGUGCAAAUGAACAAGACCAGAGAGCUCUAUGACAGGAGUGUGGAGAACAUGGAGAAGAACCAAAAGGAGCUUACUGAAAUCCUGAUCACCAUGAGAAACUGUGAAGUCAAACAGAUAGACUUCAACACCACCAUUCAAAUGUUGAUCAAAGGCCUGGAUGCCAUGGGAAAAGUGAAACAACACUGGGAGAAGCUGGUGCACUUUUUUCAGAUGGUGUCCAAUAUUGUGAAAAUCAGCCUGCACACAAGUCUCAAAGACUUUACCACCACAUCUGAAAAGACUCAAGCACUUUCCUACAACGAGAAGCUCUUCAGCAAAGACCUGCUUUACAAUCAAGCAUUUCAGGCCACCAACAUCUCCAGCCUGGUCCACAUGAUCUCAAGCACCUAUACUGAGGUGUCCAAAAAAUACCUCAUGGACAGCGUCAGUUCUCUGGGAACACUUUUGUCCAUGGAUAGAGAAAGUCCAGAGUUCCUGCUAACGCGAACCCAGUUACAGGAGUCCUGUGACAUGGCUCAGAAAGCCAUCUUAAUGCUUGUGCUCAAAAAUAAGAAUGAGUUUGAAAAGAAGACUAAUUUAAGGCUGGAGAAGGUUGAGAGAGAGUUGCUUGCCAUUCUUCCCGCCGCCAAACCUGAAGAAAUACAGCGUAUUCAAGAAACUGCACAAAGUGGAUUCACAGAGGAUGAAGCAUUAGAAUAUGCCUGAGAGAGAAAGCACCAAAAACCAAUCGGCCACUCGUCCACAAUGUCGCAAUCCAUCAUACUCAGAAUCUGUAAAUUCCCUACUUCUGACCAGGAAGCCUGAAAUAAAACAGUCCUUCAACUCAGACGAUCAGGCGACAUCCACACAUCCGCCCAAGUUCUCCAACAUAAACACAAAUUAUGUAGUAGCUUACAGCCAGAGUAUAUACACUACAUGGUAGAACUUUUGAUUCUUAAAAUAAUUUCCGACCAAUUUCCUUCCUUCCAUUUUUUACCAACAUGAUAAACACCACUGUGCUUUUUGUUAAAGAAUAGAUCUGAUAUGUAAUAUUUAAUAAUACAGAAUUAAUUCAAAUAUAAUAAAUACAGUAGCUUUUUAGACGUUCAGCAAUAUCAGACACUAGCCAUGCCUACUUUGUCUUGCUCUUGGCAGCCCAUGUAUUCCAAAAAGUAGAAUCACUGGAAAAUUAAAUUUGGAAAUAUCGACUCUGAAAUUUCUGAAUUGUGAGUACAAUCGAUUGCGGAAUUAAUGUAUUCGUUUUCUGUUAUAACCAUGUGCUGCAGAGGGACGGAAAUUUCACACAUCUGUCGUCUUGAUAAAUGUAUUAUUUAUAUAAAUAUAAAUAUAAAUAAAUAUAAAUAUAUAUAAAUCUUUAUUAACUAAAUCCUGAAUGAAUUAAAGUGGUAGACUGCUCAAGUUGUCAGAACUGAAUUGUGUCAUAUUCUUUUCAGAAAAAACAAAUAUCACACCAAGUUACAAUCAUGGACAAGCUUAUAAUUAGCUGUGUUUCCGUGUAACAUGAUCUAGUUUUAAUAUUUAAACCAAACAAAACAGCAAGAUCUGGAAAAAAAAAGUUUUAUCACCCGUUUAAAAGAUUUAUUAUUCAGUACAAAAAUGUCAGUUGUUGCAGCAAUGUUUUCGUUUCCAUAGUAACAGCCUAUACACAGGAAUGGUACUUGAAUGGUGAACGAGAGAGAGAGAGAGAGAGAGAGAGAGAGAGAGAGAGAGAGAGAGAGAGAAUUUAUUGUUGAGUUGUUGAAUGUUUAUCGUUGCUAUAACAGACAAGACAUAACAGGCUUCAUCCUGGUUUGUGCAUCACAUAUUGUUUUCUUAAUAGUUAUUUUAAAUGUUUUGUUGUUCAUACAGAUUACUACAGUACACUGGUUUGCUAACUAUUUGCUAUUAGCUUAAAGUAUGUAAAUGUAACCUUCAAAAUUUGCGUAUUCUUAGAACAUGACGAUCCUUGACGGUCUUGACGAAGCCUCAGUGGCUCAGUAACUUUUUCACAUCAAAAUGGAUUUUUUAAUGUGGGAAAUGUUCAAAAGUCUAUGCUAUUUUAGCGCAGUGUUAUUACAUGUGGUGUUGAGUUCAACCGAUAAUAAUUACGUGUUUAAUUAAUUGCUCAUUUGGCCUUUUUUGCAUGUCAUUCUGAUUUUUUAGUUGUAGUAAAAAUAAAUGAUAUAAAUUUUGUUGUAGGAUUUACAAUUUAAUAAAAAUGUGUUGGUGUUUAA